UGCAACCUCUGGCCAUGCACUUCCUACCAUCAACAUGAAAAAUUUGAUCCACGGAGAAGAUAAAGAACUCGAGCUAGAGAAGUUGAACUCAGCUUGUAAAGAUUGGGGUUUCUUCCAGUUGGUGGAGCAUGGAAUAAGCCCACUAGUGCUGGAAACGCUUAAAGAAGAAGUUGAAGGAUUCUUCAGGCUGCCCUUGGAAGAAAAGAUGAAAUACAAAGUGAGGCCAGGUGAUGUUGAAGGCUACGGAACUGUGAUUAGAUCAGAGGAUCAAAAACUUGACUGGGGCGAUAGGUUAUUCAUGAAAAUCAACCCUCUUGACAUGAGAAAACCAUAUCUUCUCCCACAACUCCCCUCAUCACUCAGGAGUAUCUUAGAAUUGUACAUUGAGGAAUUGCAAAGUCUUGGGAUGAUGCUUGUGGGGUUGGUGGGGAAAGCAAUAAAGAUGGAGAAGAGAGAGUGGGAGGUGUUUGAGGAUGGGAUACAGAAUGUGAGGAUGACAUACUACCCUCCAUGCCCAGAACCAGAGUUAGUUAUGGGUCUCACUGCACAUUCUGAUGCAGCAGGAAUCACCAUACUGAAUCAAAUGAAUGGAGUGAAUGGACUGCAGGUUAAGAAAGAUGGGAUUUGGAUUCCAGUCAACGUUAUCUCAGAAGCCUUUGUUGUUAACAUCGGAGAUAUUCUAGAGGUUUCAAUCAUCUCUCCCUCCUUAUUAUAGCUAGCUGUAUAUACCUAUAAUUUAUUAUAUUCUUUAUACUAAUACUUUUUAUAAUUUUAUAAU